AUGUACAAUAUCCCACAAAUCGCUUAUGGACAAUCUCCAUUACAACCCCAAGUAAUAGCUUCCAAUACAACUUCUGGGGGAGAAGGAGGUGGACCUAUUAUACCUAACGGCAAGGAUAAAUUACAAACGGUAGAUCAGACUAAGUUUGAGCAACUUUACAUUCAAGGUGUAGGGGGGGGGAAGUACCUAACUGGUGAAGGAGCGCGUGAAAUCUUAAAGCAUUCACCCUUAGCCGGUGAUAUAUUGGCUAAAAUAUGGUUUGCUAAGGUUAUUUGUGUCUUCAGUAAUGUUUGUUUGGAUCUCAUACCUUUUGCUCGUAGGACGCUAUCCAAUUUGACUUCAAGCGGACAUCUCACUUUCCCGGAGUUUGCCCUAUCAAUGUAUCUGACCAAUAUGAAAAUUAAAGGUCAAGAAUUGCCAACUACGCUUCCGGAAAAUAUACGUAAUGAAGUACUAGGUAUAAUAGAUCAAAUAAAAGCCAUCGAGCAGAAACAACAAGAACAACAACUUCAGUCUCAAAUGCAAAGAAGCAAUAGUUUAUCUCAACCACAAAUGAUGCAACAACAGUAUACCGGAAUGCCUGUAGCUCUCAAUGUUGGGCAAUAUUCUGUCACUCCGUCUGUUGUUGCUCCUGUUGGAACACCUAUAAUACAAAAUAUAAUGCCAUUCACGCAGAGGAUGAUGCCUCAGCAGAAUCCUCCUCAACAAUAUAGUACGGUUGGAUUGCAAGGAAAUGCAAAAAUUCCAUGGGCAGUGACACCAGAAGAAAAGAUCCAAUAUCGGACGAUAUUUAAACAAUGGGAUUCGACAGGGUUGGGGUAUUUAACUGGUGAGAAGGCAAGAGAAAUCUUAUCUCAAUCGGGUUUACCACAGAACGACUUGAUGCAAAUUUGGAAUUUGUCUGACCCCAAUAACAAUGGAAAAUUAAAUCAAGAUGAAUUCGCUGUGGCCAUGCAUCUGAUUUACAGAAAACUUAACGGUUAUGAUAUCCCAGUGAAACUUCCACCUGAACUUAUCCCUCCUUCUUCAAGGGAUCUAGCUGAGAGCGUCAACCAACUCAAGAAUCUUUUAACCUCUGAGGUUCAUGCUUCACAAACAGGAUUGAGUUCAAUCAGUGGUUCGCAAUAUGUUAAAUCACGAAGUUUUACUGGGUCACCUAUGGUCAAUAAAAAUGAUGCUGUGGUAUACAAACACAAAGACGAUGAAGUGGGAUAUGUGUCGGCUGCAAGAAGGCGUGUUCCUCCAGUGUCUCGUAAUGCGUCUAGUUCAUUUUCUUCCUUAUCUAGAUCAACGCUUUCUGAAUCAGCUGGUGAAGAGCCGUCAAGUAAAUUGUCGGACCUACGAAAGCAGAUUCAUGAAAAACAAAUUUUGUUAGAUGCAUUAUCAUAUUCGUCAGAAUCAGCGCCUAGAUCAUAUGGUUAUUCCUCCUAUUCGAAUGAAAAGAUUGAUGUGGAUGAUUUGAAAUAUAAGAUUAAGGACAUACAGAGAAAAGUAGAUUCCGUGCGAGAUUCUCAUCCGGAGUGGCUUUCUAGAGAGUAUACUAGAAAUUUAGAUGAUUUGAGUUCACUGUUAGAACAACACAAAAAUUUAGAUUACGACCUCAAUAAAAUGCUUUCGAACACUGUCCCAGAUUUGAUUUUUAGAGCUCGUAAGAUCUCAAAUAAAGUUGCAGAUUCAAAAUUAGAGCUUUUUAAAAUCAGAGACUCCGUGCAACAAGAACGUACGUGGAUGAACAAUAGAUCUUUUGGCUUCGGUGGUGGUGGGUAUGAUUCAUUUACAUCAGGACGUUUAGAGGAAGAAACCGCAAGAAUUAAUGCUGAGAAGUCCGCACACGAAAGACAAAUUGAGGAUGUUGAAAAAACCAUGUCCAAGUUACAAGAUUAUAUGACUAGGGUUUCAAGGGACCGAGAAGAAAUUGAAGAAAAGAUGUAUCAAUUGAAUCGAAAUAAAGAUGGUCGUAAUAAUGAUAAGGAAAAAUGGGAGGAUGGAAUUGGUGUUAGUGAGGAGGUUCGUCGUUUCAUAGAGGAGCUCAAGCGUGAAGAACGUCGAUCAGCAUCUCGAUCAGAAUAUAACGAUACUCGCUAUUCGUCGGCCAGUAGUGAUACCUAUAAACGUUCAACUUCAACGAAUUCUGUUUAUAUCACUAGUUCAGUUCCAAGUUCCUUAUCUAAAGCAAAAACUCCUGAAGAACGAGCCGCAUUUAUCAAGGCAGAGGCUGACCGUAUGCUGCAAGAACGUCUGGAGGCACUUGGUGUUAAGCCAACAUCAGGUUCAGAGAAAUCUUCUCCACCAACUUCUCCUUCUCUUAGCGACCGUCUUGCGCGCGAGAAGGCUGAGGCAGCUGAGAGGCUUGCUCGAGCAGAACGUGAAGUAGAGGAACGCGAGCGUGCGCGAACCCAAAAAUUAUUGGCCGAGAAACAAGAGAAGGCAGAGAAGGAAGCUGAAAGGUUAAGAAAAAUGGAAGAACUCGAACGGAGAGAGGAGGAAAGAAGGAACCAGUGGCUUGCAGAAGCUAAAGAAGUUGAGCGUGCGAAAGAUAAAAAAGCGCGUGAUAAGGAAGAUGCUGCACGUGCAAUGGAAUUAGAAUUAGAAAAGAGACGACUUGCAGAAGUUGAAAGAGAAAAGAGACAACAGGAAGAGCGUCUAGCUCGUAUUAAAAGAGAGGCCGAGGAACGCGAAGCAGAAGAAGAACGCCGAAGGCUUGAGCAAGAAGCUUUGGUGGAAAAUUCAAGAGCGGCUAGAGAAAGAGCAAAAAAAAGGGAGGAAGAGGCUAAACAACGUGAGGAAGCUGUAAGACGAGACACUGAAAUACUUGCAAAGUCAAAAAAAGAUGAAUUCAAUUUAAAUUCGAAAGUCUCUGAUAAUCCAGCAAUUUCAUCAUCGCCUGUAGAAAAUGUCAGCAACAAUCCGUUUUUGAAGUUCAGCGCGACCUCGCAAAGCCAACCUGAUGAGAAUGAAGUCAACAAACCGUUGGAAAAUACAAAUCCUUUCUUCAAAUUUACGACUGGAACGAGCACAAGUCAAACCAUAGUUUCCAGAGAAGUCCAAGACGAUGAUGAUUGGAACGUUAUUGAUCAGAAUGAGGAUAGCAGUGAUGACGGUUUCAAUGUUCCCGUUGGUAAUUCCAAGAGUCUAGCUGCUAAGUUAUUUGGCUCCGUUGGUGUUGACAAAUCACCGCAAAAGAAUCAAUCCAUAGAAGUACCAAAUUCAGAACCGAAGGAAAAAUUACCAUCGCCUCCAGAAGUUUCGUUUAAUACGACUGGGACUCCAUCUUCAAAUCCACCUCCCUCAAGUUCGCGGGGAGCCUUACUAAGUCAAAUUCAACAAGGAAGAAAGUUGAGACCUACCCAGACCAAUGAUCGAUCAUCACCAUCCGUUAGCGGAAAGAUAGUUGGCACCACUGGUUCUUCAGAUGUUCCAAAUGUAGUCAACUCCACUGUUUCUCCCGAUGUUCCUAAGGUCGGUCUACCCGGAAUGGCGGGAUUAUUGGCCGGUGCCAUUACAAAUCUUAAGAAAAACGAUGGGGCUGAAACUAGCCGUUCAGUAGAAGGAGAUCAAUCAGUUGCAGUAGUUUCUAGACAAAGAUCCGUUGCCAAACCUGACCGUAGAACUUCAGCCGAUUGGUUUGGAAGCUUGGCAUCGGAUCAACUUGCAGGAGAAAUAAAAGAUUCAACACAAUCACAGGCACUCAAUAUUCAAACAACAAUUGAGGAUGAGAAUGAGAAACAAAUAUUUGGAAGUCCGAUUGAGAAAUCGACCAUUGCUGCUUCGGCGGAGGAUGACAUAAAUUAUUCUCAAGAAUUUCGUGUGAAGAGCAUGUUUCCAUAUUAUGGUAAUGGUGAGCCGGAUAGUCUUCAGUUUGAAUCUGGUGUUAUUUUCUUGGCACAUCCUUCCAAAAAUGAAUCAAAUGCGGCUUGGUGGUAUGGUGUGAUUGAGGAAUCGGGUACGAAAGGCUGGUUUCCUAAAACAUAUGUGGAAAUUUAUAGCGAAGAAAAGGAAAUUUGCAAGGCCAGAGUCCUUUAUGAAUGGAAGGCGCAAACACCUGAGGAGCUUGAUAUCAAACCAGGAGUUAUUGUAUCUAUUAUUGACAAGUCAUUAGGGGAUUGGUGGAAGGCGGAGUAUGAAGGCACAAAGGGAAUUAUUCCAUCGAAUUAUGUCGAAGAAAUUUCUAGUAGUAGCGUCCAUAACAAAUCAGAUGAAGCUAUGACAAGUGAAGUUGAAAAAACAGAUGAUGAUACAACAGAAGAUGAUACAAGUGAAGACGAUGAAAUAAGUGAAGAUGAUACGAGCGAAGAUGAAUCUAAUGAAAUUGAUCAAAUGAGUGAUACCUCUAGUCAAAAAGAGAAUGAGACACCAUUUAAUGCAACACCAAUAGAGAUCCCAAAACUUAAUAUUCUACCUGAACAAACUCCAAUCAAUAAAAAUUCAUCACUGACAUUUAAUGUUAGUUCGAGUUCCCAAACAUCAUCAGAAUUUGCUAGGAGUCCGAGUCCGACGCGAAUGUUUGGUUCUAGUCCAAUAACCCCUGUAUUCUGGAUGCAAGAUGGUAAAGAUUCCAACCUUGGCCCAAAUAUUUUAACGGUUGCCAAAUUUGAUGGAUCAAAUUUAGGACAUUUACCCUCUGUGUCCACUUGGGCCGAUUUAAGAAUAGGUGAAGAUCUUUCGAAAGAGGAACGGAAACGACAAGAGGCUAUUUAUGAAUUGAUAUUCACUGAGCAAACGUAUCUUCGCGAUCUCCAAAUAAUAAUCGAAGUGUUUUAUGACCCAUUGCAAGAUUUACUCCCUAAAGUCGAAUUAUCCAUGAUAUUUUCGAACAUCGAGGACAUAUUAUUACACAAUACUGCUAUCCUUAGUGAUUUAGAACAGCGUCAGAAGGAAGAUAAAUAUGUGGUCAAAAACAUAGGGGACAUAUUGGUAAAACAUUCAGAGGGCUUGAGAUUGUAUAUUGUGUACUGCGGGAAUCAAUUGAAUGCAAGUAAAUUCAUACAAAAGAAACGUACUGAGAGUAAAAAAUUUGACGAUUUUCUCAAGAUGUGUCAACAAAAUCCAAAAUGCGGGUCAUUAGAUUUAUCCAGUUUCCUAUUAAAGCCUUUACAACGAAUUACUCGAUACCCUUUGCUGAUACGUCAGAUAUUACACUAUACCAGAAAAGAUCACGAAGAUCACAAGAUGAUGAUGGAAGCCCUUCAUAAGGCAGAAGAAAUAUUAGAAGAAACCAAUGAAGCAGCACGGGAACAAGAGAAUAAGAUCAAAUUAUCAGAGAUAGCAAAGCUGAUAGAUUUAGAGCGAUUAGAUGAGAAACUUGACUUGACAAGCAUGACCCGUCUGGUCGGAAAGCGCCAGUAUAUCUUUGAAGGGCCACUUAAGAAGACGAAGAGCGGUCGUAACUUGUAUGGUUAUAUUUUUAAUGACAUGUUGAUUCUUUGUCAACAAAACAAGAAAGCAGCUGCUCGGGGUUAUCGUUAUUCGUUGUACAAACCGCCAAUACCUUUAAAUGAGAUAUUCGUAAAAGACAAUGGUCCGGAUGAGACUUGCUUUCAAGUAAUUCAUAUAGAAGACGCGAUAAAUUUACGGGCAACUAGCAUUUCUGUAAAGCGACAAUGGGUGAAUCAGCUUGCAACGGCUAGUGGAUAUUGCCUCACGGUAGAACGUCAAACUCAGACAGGAAACAUGCCUACACCCGCGGAUCACAUUAGCGGUACACUUAGGGUUUUGAUAUAUGAAGGCAUACUUCCGAUAGAGUUACACGAACUCGAUAAUCCAAAUAGCAUUCAAGUAUAUUGCCAGGUACAAUUAAAUCGACAAAUAUUUAAGACAAAGCUAGUGAAAGACACGACAUCACCACACUGGAAUCAAUACCUGAUGUUUUCUGUAACGGCCUUGGAAGAAGACGUUCUAAAGGUAUCAGUAUUUAAUUAUGAUAAAUAUUCGCAGGACGAAUAUUUAGGCCAAGCGGAAAUCAAAUUACGAUUUCUCACACAUUACGGUGACAACGAAACCGAAAAAAUUACAUUACCAUUAAAGCCUAGCGGUUCUAUAUCUAUAUAUCUAAGUUAUAAAGCAACAUAUUAG